AUGAUGAACCUCGCGUUGUGUCUGGCUUUGGCCGGCGUGGGCGCCGCUGCUCCCCAUGGCUCGUCCACCUCUGCGGCCGCCGCGCCCACAGGCACCAGCUUCGCUUCCGGGUUCGAAAUGACCAAGAGUUGGGCCAAUCUCAGUCCUUACAAGAACGCUGACGGCUUCGGAGUGCCCAAGGGAGUGCCGCAGGGCUGUGAACUGUCGCAGGUCCAUGUCCUGCACCGUCACGCCGAGCGAUUCCCCACCAGCAAUCCGCUGGACGGCGCCGGAAUGAGUGACUUUGCUUCUAAGCUGGUUAACUACACCAAGGCCCAUGGAACAUCCGUCGCCAAGGGACCGCUGAAGUUCCUGAACAACUGGGAGUACGUGGUGGGCGAGAACACGCUGAUGGAGAAUGGCGCUGCCACGGAGGACACCUCCGGUGCCAACUUCUGGGUCAAGUACGGGCGUCUGCUGUAUCGUGCCGACCGCGAUAAUGUCGCCGCCUGGAACCAGUCCUUGAACGUGUAUGCCAAUGGUACAGCCCGGCCUAAGCCGGUCUUUCGCACCACCUCGCAGGGUCGUAUCCUGGAGAGUGCGCGCUGGUGGCUCAGUGGAUUCUUCGGCAACAGCAGUGCUCACAACUCCGAAGAUCAAUAUGAUCUGGUCAUCAUCCCAGAAACCACAGGAUUCUUCAACAACACUCUUGCGUCAUAUGUGUCUUGCCUGGGAGACAAGACGGCAGGUGAUGAAUCGGCCAAGUCAUUCAUCGAGCGAUACACAGAGACAGCCAAAUCGCGAUUGUCGCAAUACCUUCCAUCAGACUACAAUCUGACCGCGUACGACGUACUGGCGAUGCAGAACCUGUGCGUAUACGAGCAGACGAGUCUGGGUGGCUCAUCCUUCUGCUCGCUUUUCACAGAGCAAGAAUGGAAAGACUUCGCGUACAACGUGGACAUCCAAUACUACGGCAAUUUUGCCUUUGGCUCCCCCACUGGUCGUGCGCAGGGGAUUGGCUACGUUCUGGAACUCGCUGCGCGACUGGAAGGAAAGCUGAUCCAUUCGAGCGAUACGAGCAUUAACUCGACGUUUGACGAUAACACGAAGACGUUCCCGAUGGGACAGCCAUUCUACAUGGACAUGUCCCAUGACGAUAUCCUCCUGUCUGUGAUCACGGCUCUGGGUCUGGAUCAUUUCAAGUACGGACCGGAAGGACUUCCAAGCGAAGUAGACCACGCCCUGUCGAACCGUACGUUCGCGUUGAAUGACUUGACUCCGUUCGGGGCGCGUUUCAUGUCUGAGAUUUGGAGCUGCCCGAGCGAUGUGUCGUUCCAGAACUUGGACCCUAUCCUUUAUGUGAACCCGCGGUUGGAGGACAAGGAUACGAAGCAGUAUAUUCGGUUCCUGCUGAAUGAUGCGCCGUUGCCGUUGAAGGGUCUCAAGGGCUGUGACGGCUCGAAGAAUGGGUUCUGCCCUGUCGAGGGAUUCCUCGGUGAUGUGCAGAAGCUCAAGGAUAAAGCUGAGUACCAGUUUGCUUGCUUUGGGGAUUAUCCUCAUGGUAAGCAGGUCGGAGACGGCGUGCCUGAGUCGGAUUAA